AUGAAGGCAGGCCGCAACCGGAGAUGCUGUAAUAAUUGUGAGGAUAAUGAAUCCGACGAUGAAGUGGAGCAGGAGGAGGACCAAGAUGUCGAUAAAAUGCUCAAAGUCAUUUUAAAGAAGGUCAGCGUACUCCCUGGAUUGGAAAAACAAUUAAGUGAUAUAAAACAAAGCAUGAGCGUUCUCUCAGAGAAGUACGACACGCUGCUGGCGGAACAUGAGCAGUCGAAGGAGAAAAUUAGCAAGCUAGAAAAAAUGGCCGCUAGCACCAAUAAUAAAUGUAUAUACCUGGAGAAGCAGAACAUGGCGCUUGAACAAAAAAUACAGGAAUUUGAACAAACUACUAGGAAACAUAAUAUUGAGAUUGUAGGAAUCGAGCAGUUACCAGAUGAAAACAUAAUGGGUAUUGUUACUAAGAUAGGUGAGAAAAUUGACGUGAGCUGCGCGGAUAUCGAGUCAGCGAGACGCACUCAUCCACCACGACCCGGACCGAACGCGAGGCCGGCGCCCAUCAUCGUCGCGUUCAAGAGCUCGGGGACGGCGGCGCGCGACCAGUGGCUCGCGCGGCGGCGCCGCCUGGCGGACCUGACCAGCGCCGCGCUCACAGGCGGGGCCCUCGCCACCAGGGUCUACCUCAACGAGGACCUGAACAAGGCCACCAGAGUGCUGCUGUGGAACGUGAAGAACCAGCUGCAUGGUGUCUUCAAGUAUAUCUGGGUGGUGAACGGUAAGAUCCUGGUGAAGAAAGCCGAAGGCGGAAACGCUACGUGGGUGAGGUCAGAGAACGAUUUAAGUGAAUUAAAGAAAGUGAAGUAG